AUGGAGACCUUCGCAACCAUACCAGGCCGUAGGCCUUACCGGCAGAUUAUCGACGGCGUGCCUAUGUGCCCUUGGCUCGUUACGGAAACUUUUCGAAAAAGCCUCAAAUUUCGUGCCGCCAAAGACGACGUCGUGCAAGUCACAUAUCCCAAAAGUGGAACCCAUUGGGUUCAGUACAUUACUCAGAUUAUUCUCGGGAAAGCCGGCCCGGCCACUGGAUACAACGAGUUGACCCAGAACUUCCGCAGCAUCGAGUACACCGAUAGCGCCGACUGGAAGCCCGCCAUGCCAAUGAGACUGUUCUUCGCUCACCAGCCACUUCGCCGCGAGGUCAUGAACGCAGCGGCCAAAUACAUCUACGUCGCUCGCAAUCCAUGGGACGUAUGCGUCUCGCUUUUUCGCAUGAUCACGGACGUCAGCCUGUACCAGUUUGAGGACGGCACUUUCGAAGAGUUCUUCGAAGCUUUCAUCGAAGCUGACUUGGGCUACGGGAGCUACUUUGACCACGUGGCAGCUGGUUACGCCUUGAAGGACGAACCCAACGUGUUCUUCUUCACCUACGAAGAACUUAAAGCUGACACCCGAUCCACGGUUCUCAAACUGGCUCAUUUUCUGGGCGACAGUUACGGCAGAGCUUUGGAAGAGGAUGACAAGAGGCUGCAGAACAUUCUGGAAUGGUCCAGACCCCAACAUAUGAGAAAGACGAUGGUGAUUGACUUCAAGGCUAACAAGGUACCGCAGUGGGACGAACUGUUUGCCGUCAAGAAGGCCAGCAGCAAGCAAGGGUUCGAAGGAGACAAGCAGAGGUACGCCGUGGUGAAGGAAGCCAGGCUUUCGAUGCUGGCCACCUGA